CCGUGCCGGGCCGGGCCGGGAGCGCGCGGGAGCCGAGCGGAGCCAGGCAGCGCCCGGCGGCCGCCCGCCAUGGAGGAGAGCCCGGACUGGGCCACGCUGAGCCCCGAGGAGUUCGCCCACCUCCAGAAGUACCUGGACUACAGCAGCAAGAAGGUGCAGGACGUGCUGCAGGAGUUCUACGGCGAUGGGGCCCUGUCCCGGCACCGGCAGGGAGAGUGCGUCGACUUCGAGGGCUUCAAGCUGUUCCUGAAGAGCUACCUGGAGGCGGACGACAUCGCGGACGCGCUGUGCCGGCACCUCUUCAUGUCCUUCCAGACCACGGCCGCGGGGCAGCCGGGCGCCCAGGCGGGCAGCGGCCUCGUCUGCGUUAACGACGUCUCCUGCUACUUCUCCUUGCUGGAGGGGGGCCGCCCCGAGGACAAGCUGGAGUUCACCUUCAAGCUCUACGACAAGGACGGGAACGGGCUCCUGGACAGCUCGGAGGUGGAUCGGAUCAUCACGCAGAUGAUGCGGGUGGCCCAGUACCUGGACUGGGACGUCACGGAGCUGAAGCCGAUCCUGCAGGAGAUGAUGCGGGAGAUCGACUACGACGGCAGCGGGACGGUGUCGCUGGCCGAGUGGCUGCGCGGCGGCGUCACCAACAUCCCGCUGCUGGUGCUGCUGGGCCUCGAGGUGCACAUGAAGGACGACGGGCAGCACAUGUGGCGCCUGAAGCACUUCAACCGGCCCGUGUACUGCAACGUGUGCGAGACGCUGCUGGUCGGGCUGCGCAAGCAGGGGCUGUGCUGCACCUUCUGCAAGUUCACGGUGCACGAGCGCUGCGCCCGCAAGGCGCCCCCCAGCUGCAUCAGCACCUACGCCAAGUCCCGCAAGGAGGCCGGCGUGCAGGCCCACGUGUGGGUGAAGGGCGGCUGCGAGGCCAGCAAGUGCGGCAAGUGCCAGAAGAAGAUCAAGAGUUUCCAGAGCCUGACGGGGCUGCACUGCGUCUGGUGCCACCUCAAGAUCCACGAGGAGUGCCUGGCCUGCGUGCCCCCGAGCUGCGACUGCGGGCUGCUGCGCGACCACGUCCUGCCCCCCUCGGCCAUCUACCCCGUGGUGCUGGAGAGGCAGAACAGCCAGAAGAACGGCAGCGGGACGCCGGUGGAGGAGACGCCGCAGGCGUUCGCCACCCCCGAGGGGCAGGCGCUGCGGGUCAGCCCCGUGCUCGACACCCACCCGCUCCUCGUCUUCGUCAACCCCAAGAGCGGAGGGAAGCAGGGGGAGAGGGUGCUUCGGAAAUUCCAGUACCUCCUCAACCCCCGGCAGGUUUAUAACCUGCUGAAGGGAGGACCAAACCCCGGGCUCAAUUUCUUCCGAGACGUGCCAGAUUUCCGGAUCCUGGUGUGCGGCGGGGACGGCACCGUGGGCUGGAUCCUGGACGCCAUCGAUAAAGCCAACCUGCCCCGGCGGCCCCCCGUGGCCGUGCUCCCGCUGGGGACCGGCAACGACCUGGCCCGGUGCCUGCGCUGGGGCGGAGGCUACGACGGGGAGAACCUGGUGAAGAUCCUGAAGGACAUCGAGGGCAGCAGCGUGGUGCAGAUGGACCGGUGGCACGUGCAGGUGCUGCCCGAAAACCCCGAGGAGAAGGGCGACCCCGUCCCCUACGAGAUCAUCAACAACUACUUCUCCAUCGGGGUGGACGCCUCCAUCGCUCACCGCUUCCACGUCAUGCGGGAGAAGUACCCGGAGAAGUUCAACAGCCGGAUGAAGAACAAGCUGUGGUACUUCGAGUUCGCCACGUCCGAGACCAUCUUCGCCACCUGCAAAAAGCUCAAGGAGUGCUUGAGCAUCGAGUGCUGCGGGACCCCCCUGGACCUGAGCGGAGCCCUCUCGGGGGUGGCGGUGCUCAACAUCCCCAGCAUGCACGGAGGCUCCAACCUCUGGGGCGAGACCAAGCGGCCGCUGGGCGAGGCGAGGAACGCGUCCGGCGCCGGGCAGCCCCAGGCCAUCACCGACGCCGAGACCCUCAAGACCUGCGUGCAGGACCUGAGCGACCAGCGGCUGGAGGUGGUGGGCCUGGAGGGGGUGAUCGAGAUGGGGCAGAUCUACACGGGGCUGAAGAGCGCGGGCAAGCGGCUGGCCAAGUGCUCCGAGAUCACCCUGCGAUCGACGGAGAGCCCUGGAUGCAGCCGCCUUGCACGAUCAGGAUCACCCACAAGAACCAGACGCCGAUGCUCAUGGCCGCGCCGCCCCGCUCCUCCAGCUUCUUUGGCCUCAAGAAGGGGCCCGUCGAGGCCUGACGGGGCCCGUGCCGGGGCGAGAGCCCCCUGCUCCGCGUGCUGCGCCCCGGGCGGCGGGCGAUGGACCAACCCCCCGUGCGUGUCCUGGGGAAGGGCAGGUGACGAGUCCCGUCCCGUCCCCCCCCAGGGCACCCAUGGGUGCUUGGAGCCCGCUGGCUGCUCCGGGCUGGGGAGACGGCUGGACGGCCCCCCACCCGCGGCGGCGGGGGGUGCGCAGCGCCGUCGCCCUCCCCGCAUGUGCCAUGCUGGCUGGAGCCCCUGCGCCUGCGGGGCCCCCCCCCCGCCCUAUUUAUUACCCCUUCCUUCCCCCCGGAUUUCAAGUGCCUCUUGCAGUAAUAAAGCCUGGUGUUGAGA